AUGUUUACGCUUUCAUUCAACUCCUCCUUUGAUAUGAAAACCAAUUUCACAGACCUGCUUGGAAGGAUACCAAGGCUCGCUGGCGGAGAUGCAUCGCUUCUUGCGCCUACCUAUAUUGAUGGAACAAUUUUCUACAGUGACUAUACCCUGCUUACUUAUGGUGGUAUUACUCGGAGGCCACUCCAAACCCCCACAAACUCGUCCCUCUAUGGAUAUGAUGCCUAUCAAUACGGCCCAUUUAAACCGCCUUUCAAACCAGGCUCCAUCCUACCUCAAAUCCGUGAAGAUGUCACCCGCUACAUUACCCAUGGAGCAGGCGUAUCCGUUCCAAGCGAAAACAAGGGAUACUACUUCAGUGGACGUCAACGAGAAAAUGGGGACGUCAUAGACGUAGUAACUCAGCCGAAUAUAACAGCUAAUACUCUUAUAUCUGUUGACCUGUCCAGAUUUGACGAACCAAAAUUUGCCCGUGACAAUCUUACGGGGGUUACUGGACGAUCAAGUGCAGAGUUGGUCUGGCUGCCUGUCUCAGACGGCGUCAUGGUCGUAAUAGGUGGAGUUACAAACCCGGAAUCCAUAUAUCCUUCACCCAUAUCUUCCCAAGAGAAAGAGGAAAACUGUUCUCCAACUAGCGUUGACUCUAUCAUUAACACAUUCUGCCAGACUAAGAAAGAUUCCGCGUUUAUGGAGACAGUUAGCUUGUAUGAUAUUGGGACUGGAGAAUGGUAUUCACAGAAGACUACAGGCGAUAUACCGCCCGCAUCGAAUUCAUUCUGCUCAGUUGUCGGCGAGGCGGCAGAUCGGAGCUCGUUCAAUAUAUACAUCUACGGCGGGUACAAUGGCACCGAACGCACCGUCAGGCCGUACGAUGAUGUGCAUGUUCUGUCCAUUCCUUCGUUUACCUGGACAAAAGUAUAUACUGGAGAAAGCAACAUGGGCCGCCGCGCACACAAGUGUGUCAAGCCAUACCCGGAUCAAAUGUUCGUGAUUGGCGGUCAAUAUACAUCACAAACAUCAUGUCUAGUGGGACCUUUAGUCCGGGUAUUUAAUUUGAACGAGCUGAAAUUCAAGGAUAAGUAUGACCCAAGGGAGUGGAGCGAGUACAUAGUUCCAGAUGUGAUCACCAGGAAGAUUGGCGGAACUGGGAAAGGGGGAGCCACCAAAACUCAGCCGGACAGCUGGGAUAACGAUAAACUGGCAGAUAUUUUUGGCAAGAAAUAUACCAAAACUAUCCAAAAGUGGUAUCCAUAUGAGCCUGCUAAGGCAACCCCAUCCUCUCCCGGUACUACCGCUCCCCCCGGAGAGGAUAAGGGAGCAGGCGGCGGUCUUCCUAGAUGGGUUGGGGCAGUUCUAGGUGUUGUCCUAGGCCUGAUAUUCAUCACUGCUCUAGCGGUGGUGUGGCUGAUUUUCCGUCGACGCAAAGAAAGACGAUACGCUCCUAGCCUUGGAGGAACAAGUGAGGUCGCUAGGAGACGCAUCCUUGGUUGGAUGUAUGGAAUGGGACAGCCAUCACACAAGCCAGACAUGACUACUACCUCCACUGAAAUUGGCAUCAACGACAAGCAUGCAUCGACAGGUAUAUACUCGGACUCGGGGAUUGACUCGGUCGUGUCCCCCAAUAACCAUCCUCCCUCCACUAUUGUUUAUUCUGAUCUCAACGCCCCGGAGGCUGGCAGCUCUCCAAUACAUGAGAUGCAUGCUGGCACUGUGAUGAGCCCGUCAGAGUUACCUACCCCCUUCAACGACACUCCCGUGACUGCUCGACACCCGAGUGAGACGCCAUCGUUCAUCAGCCCCAUAUCUCCUGCAACCUCACCGUCUCCUGAGAACCAGCGAGAACUGCACCAUCCAGCCAGACCAACUCAUGGUCGCCACGGGUCAUCCUUCUCCAGCAUAGGUGUACCGGUAACCCUUGACAACGUUGUAGUGUCUGAAAAUACCGAGUCACGGCCGAGAGAGCGUCGUGUAUCCGGUUUCACAGAAGAGUUUUCUGACACCCAUUCGCCUAACUAUGAAGAUGUGGAAACUGGACACAAGAUAUAG